GUUCGGACUGUAAGUCAGAGAGAGGAUGUGAGGAAAUGAUGGCCUGAAUAUUUCAUUGCUGUGCGCCUUUGUUUGGGUGAAGUUCCCUUUUAUUUUUACAGAAACAGGUCUGCUGAGAUGUCUAACUACGGACGCUCAUUGUUUGACGCAUCAUUUAUGAAAUAAGCCUGCGCCGGUUCCAUUGUUACCGUUUCGUUUUUAUCGCUUAUAUCAGUCAGUUUUGGGAUCAUUUCCUAUAUUUCUAUCAACCCGGGAUUCAACGUAUAGCAGACUUUUAACAACCUCCACGGCUGCGGAUAAUUAAGAGGCACACGUGUGAGCGCAACGGCCUCUCCGCUCUCUGGAUAAAAGUUUAUUAUUUCUGUUGGACAGCUAGAAAUUGGGGGACACAACAUGUCUCUGAGCAGAAGUGUCGAAUUUGAGCACUUCGAGGAGCGAGAGAGGCUCCAACGGACUCCUAGGAACAACUCAGGCUCCGGGUCUCACUCCGGGUCCAAAGGCAACGGUCUCGUCCCCAGCCCGGCGCACAGCGCGCACUGCAGCUUCUACCGCACACGCACUCUGCAGUCUCUCACCUCCGAGAAAAAAGCCCGGAAAGUACGUUUUUAUCGUAACGGGGACAAAUAUUUCAAAGGUUUGGUUUAUGCCGUGUCCAGCGACCGGUUCCGGUCCCUGGAUGCAUUGCUGAUGGAGCUGACGCGGUCCCUGUCUGACAACGUCAACCUUCCCCAGGGAGUCCGGACGUUGUACACGGUGGAUGGGGGCAGGAAGAUCACCAGCCUGGAUGAGUUAGUGGAGGGUGAGAGCUAUGUUUGCGCCUCCAAUGAAACAUUUAGACGUGUAGACUACACCAAGAACAUCAAUCCCAACUGGUCAGUAGGCUGCAAGACUGGUACAUCACGCUCCCUCACCUCUCUAAACCAGUUAAGGUGUGAACUGCAGCAGGAAUCCAAGGAGUUCAUCAAACCCAAACUUGUCACAGUGAUUCGAAGUGGUGUCAAACCUCGCAAAGCAGUUCGGAUACUGCUCAAUAAGAAAACUGCACACUCCUUCGAACAGGUGCUCACGGAUAUUACUGAUGCCAUCAAGUUGGAUUCAGGAGCCGUGAGGAAACUUUACACUUUGGAAGGCAAGCAGAUUACCUGCCUGCAAGACUUCUUCGCUGAUGACGAUGUGUUCAUAGCAUGUGGUCCAGAGAAAUACCGCUAUGCGCUUGACGACUUUGUGUUGGAUCAUAGUGGUAAGGCUUCCACAGCCUUGAUGACUGAAUGCAAAGUCCUAAAAUCAUUCUACAGUCGCUCUGCUACUCCGAACAGGACAGCUAAGAGCCCGGGACUUUCACGACGCAGCAAGUCCCCGGGUUCUGCAAGGCGACCUAUUCAUUACUCCAGCCUGUCGUCAAUCAAAUCCCCGGUAAAUGGUGUCUCAGCUCACAGGUCCACUAUAUCCUCCACUCCAUCUCCCACCAGCCCAUCCCCACGAAGCAUCCUCUGUUUAAAGAUACCUCCAUCACCUCAAGCCUCCACCCCUAAUGGGAAUGGGAAUGACUCUCUUAACAAUCAUCAGAAGCAAAUAGUCCAGUUGAGUGCAGAGGUUAAUGGAAACCAGUACCCAGCAGCCUCCAGCAUUUUGGAAAAAUACAGUGUUGGCAAGGUGAUUGGAGAUGGUAACUUCGCUGUGGUUAAAGAGUGUGUGGAGAGGUCCACGGGGAAAGAGUUUGCUCUCAAGAUCAUCGACAAGGCCAAAUGCAGUGGAAAGGAACACCUCAUAGAAAAUGAAGUUGCUGUGCUGCGUAGGGUGAAACACCCGAACAUCAUUAUGCUGAUCGAGGAGGUGGACACGCCCUCUGAGCUGUGUCUUGUCAUGGAGCUUGUAAAGGGAGGGGAUCUAUUUGAUGCCAUCACAUCCUCAGCCAAGUACACAGAGAAAGACGCCAGCACAAUGGUUUACAACCUGGCUGCAGCUCUGCUGUACCUGCACAGCAUGAACAUUGUCCACAGAGACAUUAAACCUGAGAACCUGCUGGUGUGCGAGCAUCCAGAUGGUGCCAAGUCCCUGAAACUUGGAGACUUUGGCUUGGCCACAGUAGUGGAGGGGCCGCUGUACACUGUGUGUGGAACACCAACAUAUGUGGCUCCAGAAAUCAUUGCUGAGUCAGGUUAUGGUCUGAAAGUGGAUAUUUGGGCUGCAGGUGUGAUCACAUACAUCUUACUGUGUGGCUUCCCCCCAUUUAGAAGUGAGAAUAAUCAGCAAGAGGACCUGUUUGAUCAGAUUCUUCUCGGGAUGCUGGACUUCCCGUCUCCUUACUGGGACAACAUUACUGACUCAGCUAAGGAUCUGAUCAGAAAGAUGCUGCUGGUGAACGCAGAGGCUCGAUAUACAGCGAAAGAUGUCCUCUCACACCCCUGGGUCACGGACGAUGCAGUGAUGGAGAACAACAUGAAGACAGAGGUUUCAGGUAAACUGAAGACGCACUUCAACACCGCACCAAAGCAGAACAGCACCACAGCUGGAGUGUCCAUCAUCAUGAACACGGCUCUAGAUAAGGAGACCCUACAGCUCUAUUCUCGUAGCUGUUUGGGACCACAAAUGGAGCCAAGCUUACGAGUAGAGAACAUCUCAUCUGCUCUCCCAAACGAACCAGCUAGACAAGUAUCAAGUGAUGAAGAUCCAAACUCUAGUGAGCCAGUUUGUCCAACCAUGACUGCUCCUCCUGAGGAGACUCAGAGGGCAGGAUCUGCCGAGUUUGAUCAGCCACUUUCUAUUCCUGCACAUUUGCUUGCCCCCUCUGCUGAAGCUUCUGUUAUUUCCUCCCCUCCAGAAAAAGAGACACCUCCUUCAUCACUCUUUCUGACUCCUUGCAUAUAUUUAGAUCCCUCCUCACCCUCAGCUCUUCAUGUUUUCUCUACCACAGUUCCCUCAUCAACCGUUUCAUGCCCCUCCCUAUCAUCAGCCAACAAUUCUGCCCCAGGCCCUACCUCUCCCACCAAACAACUGUCUCCAUUCCCAGUCUCCCCAAUACAGCCUUUUGUUUUCUUCCCAUCAAAACAAGAGCCCAACUCUCCUUCUUCUGUCCAUCCAACCCUGUUCCCCUCUCCUCCUUCCACACCUCCUCCUCCUUCCCGCCUUCUACUAGCUGAAGAACUUCUGGAGCAAAUCUGAAAUCCCGAGUCCAGAUAGGCCAACGCAGCAUGUCAUGGAUUAAGGGGAUAAACCAUCGAAUCGUGUGUUUCUUAGCAGCUGUGAACUGAGCGAGAGACUGUGGUGGCUGCAGGAUUCCUGCUCCAACUCAUCCAGAUGCUUCAUGUAAGACUGAGGAGUCUGAAUGUACAAAAUGUUUAUUUAUUAAGUUUGUUUGCCUGUUGAAGAAAUAUUACUGUACCUUAUCAGUGAGCAUUUCUAUGAAGCCCUCUUUGUUUUCCUGUAGCCGGUUUAUUUAGUUUAGGAAAAAAGUCAUAAUGACCUGUUGUUGCUUUAGCAGAUAUUAUGCUGCUUGUUCCCGAUAGACGUUCCAGAGUAUUGCAACCUCACUUCAAACUUGCUAUCAAUAGUUCAGCCUUCCUGCUUAAUAACAGUUACAAUUCAAUUGAAUUGUUUUCAUAUAGAAUGUGGACAAAGUAACGCUGCAGUUCACUGGUUAAUACUGGUUAAGUAGUCAAUAAAGAAAUCUGCUUUGAA